CAAUUACCAAAUAUUUUUUCUUUCAUUCGGAGACUGUUUUAAACUCUCUUGAAGUGAACAAACUAUUUCGCUCUGUUAAAUUUCAAGAUUAUAACAAGUUUCUUGUAAUCGACGAGGCUCAUUGUGUUAUUGAAUGGGGCGGAGAAUUUAGGAAGGACUUUAAAAGAAUAUACCAACUGAAGUCUCUUGUAAGUUGCCCAAUUCUUGCUUUGUCAGCAACAAUAACAAAAGCAGGUCAAACUGAAAUUGCAAAAUGUCUGCAUUUGACUAACUAUGAAGUUGUAAGUGCUAGCCCUGCAAAAGACAACAUUAAGAUGGUCGUUAUGAAUCGUCCUAGUCCAAACUCCAAAGGGAAUACCUCAUUUACACCAUAUGACUAUAUAUUUGUACCGGUUUUGCAACAACUGAAGAGUGAGAUUGAUAAUUUUGAAAUAACUAUUGUAUAUUGUAAGACAAUUAAUUGGAUUGGUUAUGGAUAUGAACUUGCAAAGCAAAUACUUGGUGAUGAAUUCUACUCAGGAAAACCAUCGGAGAAAACUGCAAGAGUCAUGAUGUACCAUUCAUCUAUGGAAGGCUCUGAUGGGAAGUUGAAGAAACAUAUUGUUGAGACGUUACAGACUGAAUGGUCUACGAUCCGACUGAUAAUUGCAUCUGUGGCUCUAGGCAUGGGUGCAGAUUUGAGGCAUGUUAAGAGGGUGAUUCAUGCUGGACCUCCUACUUCCUUAGAAACUUAUAUACAAGAGAUCGGCAGAGCAGGAAGAAGCCAUGAUGAUGCCCUGGCCAUUCUCUUCUUUAACAAAUCAGACAUUGCAUCUGAACAUAUGACCAGAGAAAUGAAGGACUAUUGUGUAAACUCAACUAUCUGCCGAAGAAGUUUAGUUAACCAGUAUUUUGGUUUUGAAACUCAGGAAGUCAAACAGUUUUCAAUUUGUUGUGAUUUGUGCAAUAAUGAACUGGGGAUAGAAUAUGAUUUUAGUAAACUGUCAGCUAACUAAAAGCAUACAUAGCUUAGUUUUCUUAAACUUCACCAUGACUCGUAAGCACAAAGCUUUUUUAAUUUUUAUUACAAUUACUGUUGCUGGUCACACCAUCCCCUUAAAAUAGGGUUGGUUAGUUGGCAACUGUUUUUAUUUUUAUUUUUGGAUGAUAAAAUUGUAUUUUAUGAUUGUACUGCUUAACGAACGAAUAUUUUGUAGAAUCAUUUGAUAG